CUCCUUGUGCACCGUAAUCAGUAUCAGUUCGUGUUCAACUCGCUUUUGAAGAGCACGCAUUUCAGUAGUUCAGUAGAAAAAUGCUACUCUACCUAGCACUCUAUUUGUCGAUUUUAAUAAUUAUAUUUGUAGUUGCAAAUCACUUAAAAGUUCAUAAAAGUAAGCAUGGUAAACUCAUUAACAAGAUUCCAGGCCCUAGGGCGUAUCCAAUUGUGGGAAAUUUGUUAGUAUUUAUAAGAUCUUUGGAAGGAAUUUGGCAUGUUGUACAUGACCUGAACGAGACAUAUUACCCGAUUUAUAAAAUUUGGAGACUCUCGCAUCCAAUAAUAAACAUUCGUCAUCCCGAUGAUAUUGCGGCCGUCAUCACCAACUCAAAGCACAUACAAAAGAGUAUGGUAUAUAGGGCUCUUCAGCCAUGGUUCGGCACUGGUCUCCUCACUAGCACAGGUCAUAAAUGGCGUCAACGUCGAAGAAUUCUUACACCAGCCUUUCAUUUCAACAUUUUACCCGAAUAUUCUAAAACAUUUAUCGAGCAUGCGGAAGGACUUGUAAAUUCGCUGAAAGCGGAAGGUGAAGAAACUGUGAAAGACAUCGUCCCGCUUAUCACCACUGUUACACUGAGUUCAAUAUGCGAAACCGCAAUGGGUACGCCCGUACAAGAGGAUGAAGAUUUUCAGACAAAAUUUCAAUUUGCUGUUCAUAAAAUGAGCGCAAUUGCCGUGUUCAGAGUUACUCAUCCGUAUCUAUUUUCUGACUGGUUGUACAAAUUCACACCGACUUUCCGCCUGCAAACAAAAGUU